AUGGUAUUUCAUGAUGCGGUAAACGUGGCAAUCAAUCAAGUUGAUUAUGAGCCUGAUUCCAGUGUAAAUGGGUCUCUAGAGAGUGUAAGUAUGAUUGGACCAGAGUUGUGCAGCCUGGGUGAAGCAUGGGCACCAUUCAUAGCACCAUGGUGCAUAAAUUUGAUUAUGGACAUAGCCACUGAUAAAGCAAAUCUACCAAAUGCAACAUUACAGACAACAGAUCCUGUUAGAGUAUUGUUGGAUAUAACAACACAAAAUUUGACACUUCUUAAUUCUGAGGAAAGAGCCAAAUGUAUUGAUAUGAUGCUAGGUUGUAGAGCUUGCUCCUGGGCUGUGGGAUGGGUUGGCCGAGCUGAGCCUGCAUUGGUAGCCCCCAGAGCUUUAGCACUCGGAGCUGAUGCAGCGAGAGCGGUAUUGGCACAUCUUGCAAACCAUCCUCCAGCACUACUUCAUGUGAGAGCUGCGCUUGUGGAGCUUUUUCAGGAAGGUCUUAAGGAAAAUAGUCAAGCUGAAAAAAAACGUGAUGUUAUACCGUAUCUAUUAAAUUUGGCUUUAAAAUCGGAUAUAGUGCUAAAAGCCCUUACACAAGAUAUUGAACAAACAUUGACCGAUGACGUCAUGGAGCGUCUGUCUGUAGUAUGUGCGGCUCAAAGGAACAGCGGAGCUUGGGAAGGUGUCGGUCCAACCUCACUAGUGGCUUUGCUUCUUCGUUCUGACAUACGCUGCCUUCUACUGCUGCUAAAACAUGCCCAGAGAAACUUAUUUUCAAGGCAGCUGCUCGAGUACCUCUUGCAAAAGCUGGAGUUUGAAUGCUUGUUCCCCGAUAGCAACAUACCUCUGUUGACUAGCGCUGCUGAAGAAAUCGACAUUGUAAGGGAGAAACUGCUCACAGGGAACCAACUGGAGCAGUACUCAAUCGCAAGGAUUCUGAUAUUAGUUUGCUACAACCUGCCCUCCGAGUUCGUCACCACCAUGAGCUACCUCCUCCAGUAUUCCCGCAGCGACACCACACUCGCCCUGCUGGUGCGCAUACUGUCCGGGACCAUCACGAUGCACACGCCCAGCGACUCCUCGGAGGUCAGCGCCGACACGGAGCGGUACCAGAGCCUGGUGAACACCGGCGUGGAGUACGCCCUCAGGCAGUCGAUGACCUCGGACACCCAGAUCAAGAGGUGCUUCAUAGAGGGCAAUGUGCCCGAAGACAAGAAGACCUACCUGCACCACUUCUGCCUGAACCUGAUCAAGUUGCUGAGGUGGGAGAACGGGGGCAGGGUGACGCACCUGCGCACGCGGCCGAUAGGGCGGGCGGUGGAGGCGAAUGUGCAACGCGUGGGUGCCGCCCUGCGCCACUACGCCUCCCUUCUGCGCCCCCGCCCGCCCUACACCGCGGCAUCGCUUCCCGAGAUGCCCACCUGCCACGCCCUCGCCGAGGUGUUGGACAGGGUCGACAUAACCGGGACGAAGGCGCCGCCGCCCAGCGUGGAAGCGAUAUUGAAGGUCGUCCAAGCAACGGUCAGAUACUUCUUCAGGUGCCUGCAUAUAGAAGACCUGAUGGAGAAGACGCUCGGCGUUCAGACCGCGUGCCGGCUGCUGCGCAAGCUGUGCGUGCACAGCAAGCUCGCCCGCGCCGUCGCGCUGCGCGAGCUCCUCGAGACGGCGAUGUUCCGCGAGGAGCGCGCCUUCGGCUCGAAGCCGCACGCGCCCGCGCACUGGCGCCACGACCAGCUGCUCAUGCACCUCAACCAGAAACACGGUCCAAUAACCCAAUUGACGCAAAGCCACACGUCGGUGUUCCACGCGGGCAUAAUAGGCAAGGGCGUGCGGAAAAGCAGCGACCACGACGACAACGGUCAGCUGCCGCCGAUCCUGACCACAAACAACGAGUUGCUUAUGGGCGCUUUGAUGUCCUGUAUGGACGGUAACAGCGGCAUUGUUGAGGGCGCCACAUCCAUAUCCCUGUUGCUGGUCGAGCUGGUGUCACCGGACGUCAUGUACAACGGGCUGCCAUGGCCCGACGAGGACUUCACUAAGCAAGUGAGCAUAGAGCGCGAGCUGUACAUGCGCGGCGCGCUGGAGCGGUGCGCGGUGGCGAGGGCGGCGCUGCGGCGGGCGGCGCGCGCCCGGCCCGCGCUCUGCCUCGCCUCGGCGCUGCUGCGCGCCAACGCCGCCACGCUGCUGCACCGGCUGCGCGCGCACCUCGGUGGG